CUGGAAACUGGCACUGGAACCUCAGGUGACAGAGCAGGUAUAAAUACUCAAUAUUGGCUGAGGAACUUCAAUUUGCGUGGAGGGAGGAUCUGAAACCCUAGAGGACACAACUGUGAGUGUCUCUGUCCUAGCCUCUCAACUUGCUUUCCUGUGUCCAGACAUGCUUCCCCUCCCUCUCUCCAUGUUGCUCCUGCUCACACAGUCCCAGAGUUUCCUGGGUGAAGAAAUGGAUGUCUAUUCUGAGAAAACCCUCACCGAUCCCUGCACCCUGGUUGUGUGUGCUCCGCCAGCAGAUAGCCUUCGUGGUCAUGAUGGACGAGAUGGGAAAGAAGGCCCCCAGGGGGAGAAGGGAGAUCCAGGGCCUCCAGGUAUGCCUGGACCAGCUGGAAGAGAGGGCCCCUCAGGGAGGCAGGGGAGCAUGGGACCUCCAGGCACACCAGGCCCCAAAGGAGAACCUGGGCCCGAAGGAGGAGUGGGUGCCCCAGGCAUGCCGGGUUCCCCAGGCCCCGCAGGUCUUAAAGGAGAGAGAGGUGCCCCUGGUGAGCCUGGAGCCCCUGGAAGUGCUGGGGUGGCAGGGCCUGUUGGAGCCAUCGGUCCACAGGGACCUUCAGGUGCCAUGGGUCCCCCAGGACUGAAGGGAGACAGAGGUGGUCCUGGAGAAAAAGGAGCAAAGGGGGAGACUUCGGUCCCAGAGGUUGAUACUCUGAGGCAGCGGAUGAGAAACUUAGAGGGAGAAGUUCAACGCCUCCGGAACAUAGUCACUCAGUACAGGAAAGCGGUGCUCUUCCCUGAUGGCCUGGCUGCUGGAGAGAAGAUCUUCAAGACGGCAGGUGCUGUAAAAUCAUAUUCGGAUGCCUGGCAAGUCUGCAGAGAGGCUGAGGGACAGCUGGCCUCCCCACGCUCUGCAGCCGAGAACGAUGCCGUGACACAGCUGGUCAGAGCCAAGAACAAGCAUGCUUACCUGAGCAUGAAUGACAUGUCCAGAGAGGGCAGGUUCAUCUACCCAACGGGGGAGUCACUGGUCUAUUCCAACUGGGCCCCCGGGGAGCCCAACAAUAGGGCCAAAGACAAAGGCCCAGAGAACUGUCUUGAGAUCUAUUCCGAUGGCAAUUGGAAUGACAUAGAAUGCAAGGAGGAGCGCCUCGUGAUCUGCGAGUUCUGAGCCCCCAGGGAGGAAGGGGGCUCAGAAUGCCAGGGUUGUGAGCUGCCAACAUCCUUAUAAAAAGGUGACCCUCUGCUGCUCACAGCUUCCUCACUGAGCCACGGGAUGAGGCCAGAAGGCAGGCCUCCUAUGGAACUCCUUCCUUAGAAUAAAGUUCUAAACUGUC